AGAUCCAGAACACCAGGAACGCUCCCAGGCCACAGUAGUCGCACAGUUUCGCGACUACCAACCAGAAAAGUUUUCCGGCCAAGGAGAUCCUCGUAUUGUAGAUGAAUGGAUCCAGGGUCUCGAGAUGAUUUUCGAGCUGAUCCGAGAAAAGUAUUAUCCCUCGUAUUACCGAGUAGACAUGGAACGCCAGUUUUUGGCACUUUUCCAAGGUACUCGUUCUGUUGACGAGUAUGAAAGAGAGUUUACCCGUCUCGGAGCUUUUGUACCAGAUCUUGUAGGUACGGAAGCGAAGAGAGCCCAUCGUUUCACUGACGGACUUCGCCCAGCAGUCCGCCACAACAUCGUAGGUCACGGCGUCCAAACCUACGCCCGCACAGUUGCCAUUGCACAAGAAGUUGAUGCCAGUAUCCGACGAGAAGCCGCCCAGACACCAGCCCAGCCAGUUGCCCAGCCAUCAACUCAGCCCAAAGAUGUCCAACCAUCAAAGAACCAGAAGAAGAGAAAGUUCAGAGGAGGUCCAGACGAUCGCAAGAACCGCCCCCGACAACAACUGACCCUACCUUGUGUCACUUGUGGAAAGCGCCACCGUGGAGAGUGUCUUGUGGGCCAGAAUGUUUGUUUCUUUUGCCGCCAGCCAGGUCAUUUCAACGCCAACUGUCCAGAACGACUGCAACAACAACCGCAACAACGUCAACCGCCACAACAACCUCAACAACAGCAAGCCAGGCAGCAGCCACCACGACCCCAGCAACAGCCACGCGGCAGACAGCAGGCCCGUGUUUUUGCAGUUGACCAGAGGGAGGCCGACCAGCACCCAGGUACCAUGUUCGGGAUGAUUAUUCUUAAUGAUGUGCCUAUCUAUGCCUUAUUUGAUACUGGAGCAACCCAUUCCUUUAUAUCACGUCGAUGUCUUGAAACUAUUGGGGUUCGUUCCACUACCGCUGUCGAUCCUCUCGAGGUGAGUUUAGCCUCGGGAAGAAAGAUAGUGACUGAUGCUAGAGCCACCGAUCUCAGCCUUUCCAUCGGCGGCCAUAUUAUGAUUACUGAUGCUUAUAUUAUCGAGAUGAGGGAUUUCGACCUCAUACUCGGUAUGGAUUGGCUAACCGGAUUUCACGCAGAUAUUCGAU